GUUCACUGUGUUAGAGGUGUUUUUAGUCCUUCUUAUUUUCACCUUCUUUUUUACCUGCUGACUGAACACAGAGAAGAGGGAAAGUAGAGGAAAAGAUUCUGAUUAAUGGGGGCCUCGGUGUCUAUAAGGAACCAAACCCCUUACACUUGGCACUACAAACUUGUCGGAGACGUAAGUAUCUGAGUCAAUGUAAAAUCAUGAUAGUUAUAAACAAAGUGUAAUGUUGUGACACUUCUGCUGCUAACGGGGAAACUUUCUUACAGAGAACAAAAUCAACAGAAUUUAAAUAUGGCAAGGUAAUUGAUAACGGCAGUAAUGUAAAGGUGCUCUGUGAAAUACCUGAUCAUGAUAUUUAUAAACCUAGAUUAUUGUCUCUUCCCAAUGCUGGCAUGCCACAAAGGAAGGUAAACAUUAUGAAGAGCUGAACUAAUAAUGGCAGUGUUGUUAGAGUUGAACUCUGUUGAUGUUGUUAAAAUGAAUAAAGUCCGCCCAUUGUGUAUGAUAAUGCCAUUUUGAUGAGUAUAGACUACCUUUAAGUAUUGUGGACUACCUGAAAGUGGCUGUUGGCAGUAAAGGCCAGAGCUCUUAUCAAUAUUGUCCCUGUGUCAAAAUGAAAACCAGUGUAAUAUCAGACCUGGACAUUUUAUUUUGAGAUCAAAUCUCAAAAAUGGUUGAGCAUUAAGUUGGAUCGCUGAAGAUGAAUCUUUACACAUUUAUGAAUUUAAAAUGUAUAUCUGGUAAUGAUUUUCUCUUUUCCAGGGAGGUGGCAGUGGCAGUGGAACGUUGCAUGGCAGGGGAGUAGUGUAAAAGAAAACCUCAACUCUAGGGGGAUCCAUUGCUACCUAAAGUUAAGAUAUGACAAUCACAGUUGGAACUCCUUCUCACAUGAGUUCAACAGUCACAAGCAGAACAGGAGUCAAACAUUCACUAUUAUAGAAACCAGUGGCCGUUCACUCAUUCAGCUGUUGUGCGACACAGAGUUUAAUAGUCCAACAUUUCCAAACUAUGGGAAGCAAGAGGAAGACCGUAUCCGUCAGCAGCAGGAGGAGAUGGAGCGGCGAAGACAGGAGGAGCAACAAAGACGACAGCAGGAGGAGAUGGAGCGGCGAAGACAGGAGGAGCAACGAAGACAACAGCAGGAGGAGAUGGAGCCGCGAAGACAGGAGGAGCAACGAAGACGACAGCAGGAGGAGAUGGAGCCGCGAAGACAGGAGGAGCAACGAAGACAACAGCAGGAGGAGAUGGAGCCGCGAAGACAGGAGGAGCAACGAAGACAACAGCAGGGGGAGAUGGAGCGGCGAAGACAGGAGGAGCAACGAAGACAACAGCAGGGGGAGAUGGAGCGGCGAAGACAGGAGGAGCAACGAAGACGACAGCAGGAGGAGAGGAGGCGCCAGGAGCAACUGGAGAGGGAGAGGACGAUCCAGCAAGAAAUCGAAAGGGAGAGCGAACUUUUGGGUAAGAAGGUGUCAAAGGGACGAGAAAAGCUGAGACAGAAGUUGAGACUAAAAGAACAACAGCGCCAUCACCAGCGUAUACAGGUACUACACCAGAUGAUAGAAGAUGACUCUGCAGCAAUCAGAAGGGAUGAGCCAGGGGACUUGAAAAAUAAGUUUGAAGAUCUUCUGAAGAAAUACGAGAUCACUGAAGACAAAGGCAUGCAAGAGGACAAGCUUGAAAACCGAAUGAAAAAUCUUCAGAAUGAACUAACCUUUAAAUACUUUGGAGAGCCUCAACUGUCGAUCUGGUGUCAGUUGACCAUAAAUCGUGCUAUCAGCCAAGGAGAGCAAUCGCUCACUGAGCAGUUUAGCAUCCUCACGGCUGUGACAGAGCUAACGUUGACCAACGACUCGGACACAGACAGUAAAGAGGACCAACUACCUGAAUGGGACCAGAAGUAUGACUUUCUCAUCCGUCUUCUUGAACAGCUGUACAGCACAAAUCCCACAGUGGCUCAACAACUUGUUCUGAGCACUCUUGACAUGUUCACAGAGGUGUCAGAGAAAAACAAGGGGCUCCUUAGUCAAAUUCUCUUCAACAUGAUCUGGACACCUUCAGAAAUUCUGCUCUUUUUGCGAGGUGUUUCAGGCAUAAACCAAGAGUUAGCAACCUCAAUCCUUCAUACUGUGAGGACAAACAAGCUGGAUCUUCUCUCUACUCUCUCUGCCCUGAAAGGUAAAGACCCUGUCAACUCUCUACAAUGGUAUGCUGAGGCAGAAGGGGACAAGUGAAUGAAAUGCAAAAUGAAAAGUACCCAGAGAAAAUAUUGUCCAUAAUGAAGGAAAUUCUAGGAUAUAUGACAGAGGAACUUCCAAAACAUGCAAAGGAGGACUUGGAUCAGGUAAAGAUAGAGGAAGCAAAGCAGAUGAUCAAGUCACUGGAUUUGACUAACCCUGACCUUGCUGUUCUCAAGGAGGUCCUAAUAAGGAUGUCUAUUGCUGUGCAAGACUGCUCAACCAUUUACACUCAAAACGGUAAGAACAUAGAAGGCUACUUCCCUAGCAUCACUCCGCUGGAAUCACUGCUCACUGCUGAGAAAAUAGAAGGCUACUUUCCCCGACUCACUCAGUUGGCAUCACUGCUCUUGCUCCUUCUACAAAAGUUAACAGGGAAAAAAGGUAUCCUUCUGGAAAUCGGCACAAGGUGAAGGAAAAUCUUGCAUCUUGGCUCUAUGUUUGCCACUAUCCAGGCCAUCCGUGGCACUAAGGUUGACGUUGUGACCAGUUCUGCAGUCCUUGCUCGCCGAGACCAAGAGGAGUGGAAGAAACUGUAUGACAUGUUUGGUGUCACAUCCUCUGUUGUGCCACCACCACAGAUACAGGGAAGCUCCCCUGAAAGCAGGGAUAGUAUGCUACAGGAGGCUUACAGGAAACAAUUCGUUUACGGAACCGUUGGCAGCUUUGCAGCAGACACUUUGAGGCAGGAAUUCGAGAAGGACACAACACGUGGGGAGAGGAGGUUCGACAUGGUGAUUGUGGAUGAAGUGGACUACAUGACCUUGGACAAUGGAGUUCAGGUGACGUUUCUAUACCACGAGGCAAGUGGCCUGAGGCACCUCGGACAAGUCCUUGCUAGCAUAUCGGCCAUGGUAUCUAUGUGUCAGCCAAUUGAGAUGGAAGAUACUGGAGAGAUCGAGUGGGCAACUGGAAUCCAGCAUUUUCACAAGGCUGCAAAGUUAGCUCUUUUUACAGUGCCGUGGCAAUGUACAACCAAGCUUUCAUCACCAUCAACAUGGGAAAAGAUGGCUACAAAACAGAGGCAUGGAAAUUACUGGAAAGGGCAAAGACAUCUGUGGAUGUUUACUUGUCAGAAACCACAAAUACCAUGGUUUCUUUUCAGAUUGCCACAAAAGGGAACUUUGAACCACAUCAUGAAGGAUAAUGCAACUUUCUAAAGCAAAUAGAUUCCAGGAUGAGCAUUGACAAAGCUUGGAUACUUAACAUUGACCUUGCAGUAAAUAAACUUAAAGAGCUUGAGGGUGAAGGCACAGCCAUAACAGAGGUAUCCUCAGUGUACAGCCUCUCAGAAAAUCAAGACUACAUCACAGGAAAUGAACUCACGGCCUUGUAUGACAAUGGCCUGAGCAUUGUGUUUGAGGUGAAAAAGAGGCCAGAGUUCAGCUUUGACGCUUUGAUCUGUUUCUUCAUCGGUAUGUGUCAGGUCAUCCUUGGAGUUCUGGUUUGUGCCCUGUCGUUUGGCGCUGCAACCCAGAUUGGCAUAUUUCUCAUCUCUGAAGGAGUCUCUGACAUGAUUGAAGGGAUAUCUGGCAUGAUAUCGGGCACAUUCGAUUGGGCACAAUGGGCCAUCUCCAAAAGCAUCAGCAUUGGGAUGUCUCUGCUCUCCGCAGGAUUCAGCGCCAUUAAAAAAGUUGCCAUCACAGCAUAUAAAGUCCUCAAUGGUACUAUGAAACUCUCAUCUGUUGCAAAGGAUAUCAUUUGCACAGGAAAAUAUGUUUUCAAGUCCUCACAGGGAGCAGCAAAGUCUAUCUCCAAAGAAACAAUUAAGACUGCAACGAAGAAACUGGCAUCCCCUACAAACAUGAAGAUGGCUCUAAAACACGCAACCAAGUACACAUUUCAGGAGGUAGGGAAGCAGGGUGUAAUCACAGGAAUAAACUAUGUCAUCGAUGCUGGAAUUGGGGCCAUCUUUAAAACAAUUUUAGAAAAAGCUUUCAAAAACAUGGUCAAUUCAACAGUCAAAAAGAAUGCCGAACUAGAUCUUAGUCUCACUGAAUACAUUAGCUCUGCAGUACCUAAAGGAGCUUUGCAGAACCGCAGCAACUAUAAGAUUGACUCAAAGCUUGAACAACAAACAAAAUAUUUAGUUCAAGUUAUGACAAAAUAACUUAUUCCUGGCCUCAUGACUGAUGCCACCACAUCCCAAGUCAGUGAUGUUAUCAGCAGACUCUCUGAGGUGUGCAAUAAUGCAACUGACCUUGUGGCAAAAAGUAGAACACAUUUUAUUGCAAAAGGAGUCCAAAUAAGUGUAGAAAUAGCUAAACACACCACAACCUUGGACCAAAUGAUUCGGUCUAUUCCUACAGAACAUGUUAUCAAUGACAUAUUUGUCCUUGAAUU